AUGAAAACAAUGAGAACGGCUGCAGACUCUAAUAGUGCUACAUCAAAGAGUGAUGUUGAGAAUUUGUAUAACACUGACAACGAAGUGGAAACUGAUUCAGAAAGUGAUUCUGAUAAUGUAGAAGCUACUAGUAGUGAAGUAGGUGAUGAAUACGAAAGCGAUCCAUGGAUUUCCUUAAAAGCUGAAGCAGCCCAAAAAAGUUUAUCCGAAUUCAAAGAACUAAUGCAGAAUUUCACUGCAGAAG